AUGAGUGCCCAGGACUGUCAACAGAGCCAUUCUAGCGUUCAUUCGAUUGCAGAAAGUCCAAUUGUUCUGGCUAGAAAGCUCAAAAGUAGCAUAUCCUCCGUUAAGUCUGAUAUCAAAGCCCGAAUUCAUUCAGGUGCAACCAUUCCCAGGCUACACGCAUUCAGUGGCAGCGAUUCCUCAGAGACCCUUGUGGCGCACGACGAAACAUAUCGCGCUUCCACCGAAGAUCUACUAGGCGGCAUAUCUCAACAUCGCGAUGGCAACCUACACAGAACUUCGCUACAUAACCAGUCAAGUCCGGGUUUACUAGGCAGGCUUCCAAAAGAGAUCCGGGAGAUCAUAUAUCGAGAGCUAUGGCGUACAUCUGGCCUUGGCCAGCACAUUGUUCAGACUGAAACCGGAUUUGGGCAUUCCAGAUGCUUAGUUGAAAGGCUCGAGUCUACCAUCGUUGAAGGAGAUAACGCUUGGGAGUUUAACUGGAUGGGCUCUGAUUCUGGUGCCAGAGGGUCAGUAUCGCUCUGGUACAAGCGAGAGAUGUCAACUUGGUGUGAUCACUGGAAAUGCGAAGAGGCGAGAGAUGAAAGAGAGAUAUGGCGAGACGUUGGGCGGCGCCGAACAAGUCACGGAGUCUAUGUCGACGCUUCUUCACCGUAUUUGCCCAUGAUGCUGACUUGUAAGACGUUAUACGCCGAAUGUUCCUCAUCAAUCUACAGGUCUAUAGUAUUCACCAUCACCGACAUCAGCCUGGCACGGAACCUCUUCGGUGUUCGAUGGAAGACGUCCAACAGUCACCCACUUCGGCGCAUCAACUUCUCCUUCCGGCGCCAUGCAGACCAAGGGAGCACGUUCGAUCAGUGGGUAGAUUCAUGGAGCUCGAUCCUAAGACUCCUCGAUACUCCUCAGCUGAUGACGGUCAAUCUCUGGCUGGACAGCGACAUCUACUACGAACGAUAUUGGUUAUCUGUGACCGGCAACGUCCUCCGGCGGGUCCCGGAAGCACUGGCCCACAAAGUCGCCGUCAGCCUCCCGCCGGACGGGCACGGCGACCGCAUUGCGGGGGCCGCGUGGCUGACGGGCCUCGACGAGGUGCCGUGGGCGGCCUCUAACACUGACAUGCGCUCGCUGAGGCGCGAGGGAGGCGAAGUGGUCACUUCUGAAGUGAGACGGGCGCAGGUUUGA